AUGCCUAAUUAUUGGGUUUGGAUUUCUCAUGGGGAAGACUAUGCUAUGUUCAACGACAAUAGUUUUGUGCCUGAAGAAACAGUGAGAGAUGAUUGUCAAACAGAGGAAGAGAGUCCUUACGUGGAUAUGAUUUCAGAUGUUCAGAACAUGGAAGAAGAACCUAACCUCGAGGCAAAACAAUUUUAUGAUAUUUUGGAGGCUGCUAAACUUCCAAUAUAUGAUGGGUGUACAAAAGGCCUCUCACAAUUAUCUUUAGCAGCUCGGCUGAUGAAUCUAAAGACAGAUUAUAAUCUUCCUCAAAAUUGUAUGGACUCAAUUUCACAAAUGGUGAAAGAAUAUUUGCCAGAAGGUAACAUCUCUUUGGAUUCUUACUAUGAUACGAAGAAGCUUUUGCGGUCAUUGGGGUUGCCAUACCAUAAAAUUGAUGUAUGUCAAGAGAAUUGCAUGCUUUUUUGGAAAGAUGCUGAAAAUGAAGAAAGAUGUCGAUUCUGCAAAAAAGAUAGAUUUCGUCCUACUAAAAAGCUUGGAAGGAAAAGAGUUGCAUAUCGCCAAAUGUUCUAUCUAUCGGUUUCUGAUAGACUAAAAAGAUUAUAUCAGUCGAGAAGUACUGCAGUACACAUGAGAUGGCAUGCCGAACACUUGACUAAGGACAAGGAAAUGUCUCAUCCAUCAGAUGGAGAAGCAUGGAAACACUUUAACGAGGUAUUCCCUGAUUUUGCAAAAGAGACAAGAAAUAUUUAUCUUGGGUUAUGCACAGAUGGUUUCAAUCCAUUUGGUAUGUCGGGACAUAAUUAUUCGUUAUGGCCUGUUAUAAUGACUCCGUAUAAUCUGCCUCCAGAGAUGUGCAUGAAACAAGAAUAUAUGUUCUUGACUGUUUUGGUCCCUGGUCCUAACCAUCCUAAGAGAAGUCUUGAUAUUUUUCUUCAACCAUUAAUUGACGAGUUGAAAGAUUUGUGGUCUAACGGCGUUCAAGCAUUUGAUAUUUCUACCAAACAAAACUUCUCAUUAAAAGCUGUAUUAAUGUGGACUAUAAGCGACUUCCCUGCUUAUGGUAUGCUUUCUGGAUGGACAACUCAUGGUCGGUUAGCUUGUCCUUAUUGUAUGGAUGAGACAAAUGCAUUUCAGUUGAAGAAUGGUAGAAAAACAAGUUGGUUUGAUUGUCAUCGGUGUUUUCUCCCAUUAGAUCAUAGUUAUCGGCGAAACAAGAAGAGCUUUACAAGAGGAAGGGCUGAGACUGGUAGCCCCCCUCAGUUGCUAACAGGUGCAGAACUUUGGCAGGGACAUGUCAAAGGUUUGCCCAAAACAGCUGAUUGUGGAGGAAAUCAUGGACGAAUACAAGGAUAUGGUGAUACUCACAACUGGCAUAAGCAGAGCAUUUUUUGGGAGUUACCUUACUGGAAAUAUCAUAAACUUCGACACAAUCUCGAUGUAAUGCACAUCGAGAAAAACUUCUGGGAUAAUAUCAUCAAUACCUUAUUGAAUGUGCAGGGAAAGACAAAAGAUGAUAUUAAAUCGCGGCUUGAUUUGAAAGAGUAUUGUAAUCGGAAAGAAUUGCAUUUAACAUCUGAUGGAAAAGCUCCAGUUCCAAUUUUCAGAUUACAAGCUGAUGAGAAAAAGACCUUUUUACAGUGGCUGAAAGAAGAUGUUAAGUUUUCAGAUGGAUACGCUUCAAGUAUAUCCGGAUGCGUUGAUCUUGCCGGAGGAAAGUUAACUGGAAUGAAAAGCCAUGACUGCCAUGUUUUUAUGCAACGGUUACUUCCAGUUACAUUUGCUGAACUUUUGGAUAAGUCAGUACACGAUGCUCUAUCUGGGAUUAGUUCAUUUUUUCGGGAUAUUGGUGCAAGAAUUUUACAUAAAGAUCAGGUCAGGAAGCUGCAUCAGAAUAUUGCUAUGGUUCUCUGCAAUCUUGAGAAGAUAUUUCCUCCUUCUUUUUUUAAUGUAAUGGAGCAUUUACCAGUUCAUUUGCCAUAUGAAGCUCAACUUGGAGGACCUGUGCAAUUUAGAUGGAUGUAUCCUUUCGAACGUUACAUGUACCACCUCAAGAAAAAGGGAUUCCUCUACAGGUUGUUUGAUGAGAUCAUGACUGCUGAUCAUCCAGGGAUAAGUGAUGAUGAUUUAAUCACUCUUAAAGAAAAAGAAUUCGCAAAUUGGUUGCAAAAACAUGUGGAGGAUAACUGUAUUGCUAAAUCAUAUCCGGAAUGGUUGCAGUCACUUGCUCAUGGUCCAAUGAUAAAAGUAACUUCAUGGCCAAUUUAUUUUUCUCGUGGUUACAUAUUUCACACAUAUGAUCAUGGGAAAGAAAAAAAAACUGCCAACUAUGGAGUUUGUGUGAAAGGUACAUCAUCUUGUGGAUCGAAUGAUGAGCCUGAUUUUUAUGGAAUACUAAGAGAGAUUUUAGAACUCCACUAUCCUGGACCUGUUGAUCUGAAAGUUGUGGUUUUCUUUUGUGACUGGUAUGACUCAACCAGUGGAAGAGGUAUCCGGAUAAACAAGUCAGGCAUUAUUGAUGUUAAUGUCACAAAGCGCUAUGGAAAAUAUGAUCCUUUUAUUUUGGCUUCACAAGCAGAUCAAGUAUGUUACGUUCCGUAUCCGCGAGUAACUCGGAAAAGAGAUCACCAAUGGGAAGCAGCAAUAGUGAUACAACCAAGAGGGAGAGUUUUGGUUAAAGGGAACUUAGAUUUUACUGCGAUGCAGUCUGAGAAUGAUUCUCUAGCUAUGAAUGUUGAUUCUGUGCAAGUCGAGACGUUAACAAAUCUACAUGGCCAAGCAGAGUACCUUGAUGAUGUCAGUGAUAAUGGUGAAUCUGGAUCAGAUGAAGGUGGAAAUUCAGAUAUUGAAGUGUCAGAAGAAGAGUCUGACUAA